AAUGAAAAUGUCUACAGUUGCUACACCUGAUCCUUAAAUGUGAUUUAUCAAGUGUUUAGUUUAUUAGUUGCAGUUAAAUGCUAAGCCAGUGAGACAGUGCACAGCAAGUCAGCUGGACAUGUCAAAGGGUGCCAUUGGUCUGCAGGAUGGUCUCAGUUCAGAGCUGCACCAGGACGAAUAUGGCUGGCUUUCCUCCUGCUUUUCCAGGCUUCGGGAGCACGGGAAAGAGUUUUCUUAUUGAGAAUCUGCUGCAGUCCCAGACACCUUCAGCCCAUGGGGUGGCAGGUGGACACCUGAGACUAGCAGCAUGUGAACUUACGAGGAGAACCUGGGGCUCUGAGCAUGGAGCCUACCAAAGCCAAGCCCACAGUCCACGGCAGGUGAAGGAUUUAGGAGGACCACUUCUGCCACACUCAGGUGUACUGAGUAGUGUUUUCCUGAGGAGCCCGCAGUAUCUGCUGGCAUGCUGCGGUGGGUCCAGCCCCCCUCCUGUCUUUUCCAAGGGGGCAAAUAUUCGAAUGUGGUCUGCUGAUAUAAGUCCUAAAUCACGCAGAGGGAUCCUUAGGAGGGCUGUGUUCUCUGAAGAACAACGAAGGGAGCUGGAGAGAACUUUUCGGAGACAGAAAUACAUCAGCAAGACAGACCGUAACAAACUGGCAGCUGAUCUCAGUCUCAAGGAGUCACAGGUGAAGAUCUGGUUCCAGAACCGCAGAAUGAAGUGGAGGAACUGUAAGGAGAAGGAGGUUCAUAACACUCGCUCCCCAAUGGAUGAGCUCAUGGCCCAAGGUCUCGCUCAGGAAGAGGAAGAACCAUCACAGAAUCACACUGAUGCAAAAACAGAGAGAUCACCGCCACAGAAGAGUGUCAGGGACACAUGAGAGGCUGUAAUGAGUGGAAAAUAAACAAAUGACUUUCUCAAAUCGCAGAAACCUAUAAAAAAUGUGUGGAUACAGUGUCUGUGAUGACUAACACUGAUAGUAACUUUUAAAUGCAUGUAACUGUUUUGUUGCAUGAUAAUUGUGAUUAGAUUCAACUGCUCAGUCAAUGAUCUUUUUGCGUUUCACUGGCUUCAGUAAGAAAUUUAUUUCGUUAUUACACUCACAUGUCUUUCCAGGAAAGAUUCCCAUCAUUCGAUUGUAAUUGCAAUCAGUUAAAGAAACAUAUAAGUCACUUAAUUUAAUGCAUUUACAAAUCAGACCUUUUUUAAAUUGUUCAUGUUUUGGUCAGCUUUACACGAAUACUAAGCUCAUAAUUCAAAACCCUUUUGAGGUUAA